UGCUGGCUUGGACACCGGGGACAGCUGGAGCGUCUCUGCAAUCAACAGAGAGUUGAAGCCCUGUUGGCGAUGGCUCGCUCCAGCGUGGUGCCAGGGGGCGGAGCCAACCCGGAGUCCGCCCUCCACGUCCUGUCAGAGUGCAGAGGAGACUUCCUGCUGACGGUGGAGAAGCUGCUGUUGACUCCUGAAACCUCAAACAACAACAACCACACACCUCAUCCAACCGGUGUCAGCUGGAGUUCAGCGGAGAGGAGGUCGCUGGUUAAAUCCCUGCAGCUUCAUCACAAAGACUUCAGCCAGGUCCAGAAAGCGGUUCAGACCAAGACCGUCUCUCAGUGUGUGGAGUUUUAUUAUCUGUGGAAGAAGAAGCUGAGUCUGAGGACCCCGGCCGCACUGACCGUCACUCUGCCCGCUUCAAAUGGUCAAAGGUCAUCAAAGACCAAAUGAUGCAUGAAUCGCCGGACUGUCACCUGCUGGAGCUACACACUACUAACCAACACACACACACAC